GCCUGAGCCGCGAUGGAAGAGGAGCUGAAGUGCCCAGUGUGUGGGUCCCUGUUCCGAGAGCCCAUCAUCUUGCCCUGUUCCCACAAUGUCUGCUUGCCUUGCGCCCGCACCAUAGCGGUACAGACUCCUGACAGCGAGCAACACCUGCCUCCGCCUCUCUUGCAUACUCGGGGCCCUUCGUUGCCCACCGGCUCAACUGCAGGUCCUCCACCAGAAUAUGAAACUGGGACUGGACCAGCCUGUAGUGGUGGAGGCACCAGCAGUAGUGGCGGCGGCGGCGGCGGCGGCGGCGUAGGUGGUGUCGUUGGGGGAGGGGAUCACGCUGACAAACUGAGCCUGCAUAGCGAGACGGACAGCGGUUAUGGCUCCUACACUCCCAGCCUUAAGUCCCCUAAUGGAGUGCGGGUAUUACCCAUGGUGCCCGCACCCCCAGGCUCCUCUGCCGCGGCUGCCCGGGGAGCCGCCUGUUCCUCCCUGUCCUCUUCUUCCUCCAGCUCCAUCACCUGCCCUCAAUGCCACCGCAGCGCCUCUUUGGACCACCGCGGCCUCCGUGGCUUCCAGCGCAACCGGCUGCUGGAGGCCAUUGUACAUCGCUAUCAACAGAGCCGGGGUUCUGGAACUGGAGCAACCGCAGCAGCUGUAGUUGCCCAUUGCCAGCUUUGCGACCGCACCCCUCCAGAACCAGCAGCUACGCUCUGUGAGCAGUGCGAUGUACUCUAUUGCUCUGCCUGCCAGAUUAAAUGCCAUCCGUCCAGAGGACCUUUUGCCAAGCACCGCUUGGUCCAACCGCCGCCGCCACAGCCAGCGGCCUCUGCACCUCUAGGUGCUGCCCAAGGAGCCCCCAGUGGCAGCAGCGGCGGCAGCAGCAAAAGCCCAGGCCCUGGGGCGGGAGCAGCAGGGGGUACCGGGGUCCGUAAGUUUCCCACGUGCACGGAUCAUGAGCUGGAGAACUACAGUAUGUACUGUGUGACCUGUCGUACCCCUGUCUGCUACCAGUGUCUGGAGGAAGGCAGACACGGCAAACAUGAAGUCAAACCGUUAGGGGCCAUGUGGAAACUGCACAAGGCACAGCUAUCUCAAGCAUUGAAUGGUGUUUCUGAUAAAGCAAAGGAAGCUAAAGAGUUCCUGGUUCAGCUCAAGAAUAUACUUCAGCAGAUCCAGGAAAAUGGGCUAGACUAUGAGGCCUGCCUGGUUGCUCAGUGUGAUGCCCUUGUUGAUGCUUUAACUCGGCAAAAAGCCAAAUUACUCACCAAGGUCACUAAAGAGCGGGAACACAAAUUGAAGGUGGUUUGGGACCAGAUCAACCAUUGUACAUUAAAGUUACGCCAGUCAACAGGCCUAAUGGAAUACUGCCUAGAGGUGAUCAAAGAAAAUGACCCCUCUGGGUUUUUGCAGAUUUCAGAUGCUCUGAUCAAGCGUGUCCAGGUGUCUCAAGAGCAGUGGGUCAAAGGAGCUUUGGAGCCUAAGGUGUCUGCAGAGUUUGACUUGACCCUGGACAGUGAGCCUUUGCUGCAGGCUAUCCAUCAGCUGGACUUCAUUCAGAUGAAAUGUAGGGUGCCACCCGUCCCCUUACUGCAGUUGGAGAAGUGCUGUACUCGAAAUAACAGUGUCACCCUUGCUUGGAGGAUGCCACCUUUUAUCCAUAGCCCUGUGGAGGGCUAUAUCCUGGAGCUGGAUGAUGGAGAUGGUGGGCAGUUUCGGGAAGUCUAUGUUGGCAAGGAGACCCUCUGCACCAUUGAUGGCCUUCAUUUCAACAGUACAUACAAUGCAAGAGUCAAGGCUUUCAAUUCCUCUGGAGUUGGGCCUUACAGCAAAACUGUUGUUCUCCAGACAUCCGAUGUGGCCUGGUUCACAUUCGAUCCCAACUCUGGCCACCGGGACAUCGUCCUGUCAAAUGACAACCAGACAGCCACAUGUAGCAGUUAUGAUGACCGGGUAGUGCUGGGCACGGCAGCUUUUUCCAAGGGAGUCCAUUACUGGGAACUCCACGUGGACCGAUAUGACAACCAUCCAGAUCCAGCUUUUGGUGUAGCCAGAGUUAAUGUGGUGAAAGAUAUGAUGCUGGGCAAAGAUGACAAGGCCUGGGCCAUGUAUGUGGACAAUAACCGAAGCUGGUUCAUGCACUGCAACUCUCACACCAACCGGACUGAAGGUGGUGUAUUUAAAGGAGCUACUGUUGGUGUACUUCUGGAUCUGAAUAAGCAUACUCUGACCUUCUAUAUCAAUGGGCAACAGCAGGGUCCUACUGCCUUUGACCAUGUGGAUGGAGUCUUCAUGCCAGCUGUCAGCCUCAAUCGGAAUGUUCAGGUCACCCUUCACACAGGACUAGAGGUACCAUUGAAUACCAGGCAGCAAAAACUAUCUGGCAACUGAAAUCCCAGAUGCUGAUGAUCUUCAAUGAGAAGAUCCUCCGUGAGAGAAGCCCAGCCAUCCCUAUCUUCAAAUUUAGCACAGAAUCUGUUCUGAGAAAUAUAAAAUGGUCAAAUGAGGAGGGUAGCACAGUAGCCAUUGAAGACCAUGUUUAAAAAAAAACACAAACUUUUCCUAUGGAGAAUCAGGAAUGAGUCUCUUCAUCACAAGUCCCUUUUCACAUGCAGACGUGGGUGUGUGAUCUGUACAUUUUAUCCUCAUAGCCUCACUUUUCCAUAGUAGAGCUCUUUAGGGUGGGAUGGGAGACUGAAAUAUCUUACAAUUAAGUUCAGAGAACCUCAGAAGUCAGAGUUCCUUUCCCUAAUCACAAGAAAGAGAACUUUAACAGAGGAGUAAGAUAGCAAGUCUAGUUGGCAUGCAUAGGUUUCUUGUAACUAAUGUUUAAAUGGGAAUUUGUUUGGGGGGGGUGGGGUUUUCUGGUUCUGAGAAUGACACUUCCAGAAAGGGCAAUGACCACUGUUUAAUUCCCAUUACUGGAGGGAGUAUGCUGUGCAUUUUGCCUUUUUUUUCUUAGAUGCCCCUACCUCUUUGCAGUCCCAAGAUUGCUAGAGUCUCCUCUUGGUAUAGGAAAAUCAUUCUCUAAAACUAACAUCUCCAAUUUCUUCCUUCAGGAGGCUACAGUCUAUUUACCUGGUACCUGCUAAUAUCAGUCUAAUCUAAUAAUGCAAUUUAAAAAACACAUUUAUUAAGCACCUACUGUUUGCGUAGCAUAAUGCCCUGGACACAAACUAAUCCAGGACAUAGAGGAGCAAAAAUGGAUCCUGGAUUCUAGCUUUUCCAUUGAUUUAUUCUGGACUUCACAGAAUGACUUUCCUAGAACUUGCAAUAUCUGACUUAUCUGUAUCAUAGUUCCUGCAUUUCCCUUCUCCCUCCUUGACUAAGAUCUACCUUAAAACACACACACACACACACACACACACAAAUACACACAUCAACAGAGGAAAUCUACCUAAAUGCUUUAAUGCAAACACUGGUGUUUUCCUGAAAAUCUAUUGAAAAAUCACAACCUAUUCCCCAAGUGGCAUAUCCUUUCCUGGAAACUGAGUUAUGAUUAAUGAUGUGCUGGUAAAUAUCUAACAACCAGCUCUCUGGAGGAAAAAAAUAUAUGCACAAAACACUUUUAAGUUUAGUCUUAAUUAUUAACAUUUUCUCCAUCACUUUAGGUCUAGACAAUCAAUGAAACAAUAAACCAAGCCUUGAUUUAUAGCAUUUGCUAAUGCUCACUAAAUAGCAUUAUUGAAAAGGGAGAGCAUUAGCAUUUGCUUAUUUGCUAAUGCUCACUACAAAUUUAACAAUCAACCCUCAUCCCUAGUUCUGAGUAGUCAAAACAGAAAUGAUUUCCAUGUUCUUUCUCAAGGAAUCUUUCUGUUCCUCAUUUGGAACUGCCAAGGGCCAGCAUAUAGUGGGUGCUUAAUGAAUUCUUAUUAAUAGAUUGAUCACCAGUAGCCCUCUAUCCUAGCUAAGAAAAACAAAAAAGGUAUAACUAUUCUGACUACUCAUGUUUCUCCUUGGAGGAAAGAGGGCAGGGAAAAUUUUGUUUGAGCCUUACUUGUAAGGUUGACUUACAAAGAACCUGGGAAAGAGGUGACUGGAGUUCUUUUGGCUUUGGAGUUGCCCUUCCUAGCUCUGUCAGUCUCAGAGUCAUAAGCAUAUAACAUUUGGAUUUUGUGAUAGGAUUUCUUACCCACCCCACCCCCAAUACCCAUUUGCCUCAGAAUCUAAGCCUGUGAGAAAAAAAAAACACCGAUGAAGUCAAUGAAAGUUCUGCCUUGGGGUCUGGAGAGGGGGGUUAGUGUGAAUUUUAUCAUGGUUGUCUGACCAUGGUUAUCAUGGUCCACUGAUGAGGACAGGAAAUGGCUCAGUAAUAUCUUGUACUUACCACUGAACUGGGACCUUUAUGGUGUUUGAGAUCCCUAGUCUACCCAGUUAUUGCAAAUGAAACUCUGGAAUUGGACCUCUCUUCCAGUACCACAAAGCUGAACAUGGUCAAGACAUCACAGUUAGUCAGAUGCCAUGGUAAGUACGGUCUCAUAUCCUUCACCAGAGAAGCCCAAUAUUGGUCUAGCUCUGGGGAUUCAGUAGCUGUAGGAGGUGACUCACUCCAGGAUUCCCAGACCACCAUGAGCCUGCCCUAAGUCAAACAUCCUAUCCCAUCAGACACUUUUUUCCCCUCAGAACAUUGGUCUCUGCCCUGCCUACCUCAGGCAUCAUGACCAAAUGGAAUGUUCUCAGAAGCACCACACAAGAGGCAAAUGUUAGACCUCAGUACCAUCCACAUGGUUCACAGUUGAAUUUGAUCAAGGCAGCCGGGACUUAAUUAGACUCAUGACAACAGUAGAUGGUACUGGUAGCUCUGGAGGGCAACACUACAUCUAACACUCUUGCCCUUUCCAUGGGCCGAAUUUUCCAGAUCUAGAGCUGUGCUCACUGCUGCAUAGCUCUCAUUCUUUGCCUGCAUACUCACAUAUCUAGAAGCACAUCGAAUGAAUUGGCAUGCUAUUUUUUUUUUCAAGAUACUCAAACAAGCCUGUCUAUAGGCUUGUGUCCAGAGUUAAGUCUGCAGAUGGGAGUCACACUGUCUUCUCCUUUGCCUGUAUGGGUGGCAACAGUUGAGCACCAACUUGGAAAGCAUGCUUCAUCUGCCCUUUGUGUGGACAAGGAGACCAGUAAGGGAUCCAAAACAACAGUCAAAACAGGAAAUUUGUCAUGACACCAGGACCUUUGGGAAGGAGGAGAUGGCACAAUGGGUAUGUCUGAGAAAUGAAGCCUGGUAAGAAUCCUGUUUUCAGUUUCCCUGGUUUACCUGUGAUCAUCCACACUUCUUCCCAGCUCCCAUCCUACUAUCCGAAAGAGACAUACAAUUUUGUAUCAAGAAGGAAAUGAGGGAAGCAACAUAAAUAAGCAAUUUCACCUGAUAGCAACAAGUGAUUUUUCUUUCUUUUUCUUGAAGAAUAUGUUUUAUCAGGCCUCUUAUUUUUGAGGUUGAGGGCUAACUGCUACCUGCUUAAUCUCUUCUUACUUUGUUCUGUGAGCCGAAACCAACUGUGUUUUUCUUAGGUUCUAGAUUUCUUAUUUAUAUAUUAGGUUUCUUACUAACCACCGGUCGAUGCUGUGCAGGUUUUGAUCUUUUAUUCAGUGGAUCCAACAAGUCUACCUCAGAUCUCAUGCUUCCAGAUCUUGAAUACCAUUGAGAAGCUCUCUCAUCCUGCUUUCUCCAUGAAAAGGAAGAGUGGGAUAGGUGUUGCAUGGGAUUGUUGUGACUAACCUACCACUGAACUUUGUCCUAGAAAAUAUCCUCUUCCAGACUCACUUUUGAGUGUAGUAGUUGCCAAGAUUGAAGAAUGUAGUUCUUCCUUGACAGUUUCUAAGUCUGUUUCCUGUCAAACCCUCGAAGACAAUGCCAGACAGAGGGAAUUUGGCCCCAGCCUAUGUGGGGUUUUUAACUACAUUUCUCUCUUUCCCAUUGUUCAAGCAGGGACUGCGUUGUCCCUUCUUGCAAAUUGCUUCUGAGGAUUAUAAUUCUGAGUUGAUUUUCCAGAAAGAGCCAGUGGAAAUGAACAAAGAAUUAUUUUCCAUGGUAUCAGAAGCUGAAGGAAUGGCAGAUUCUCAUGUGCUUUGGCUAGCAGUUACCAUUGCUGUGAGAGACACGUAGCUUCCUUUGAAAAAGAUGAGGCCAAACUUCUAAGGACUAAUUCAUCUCCAGAAGCAUCUGAAACAAUUUCAAACAAACAAAAAGAAGCAUGUAAGGACACAGAGGCUUUCUUCUUUCCCUAAACUAUGGCCAGAAAGAAGCCAAACAAAAUGCUUUCAGUGAUGUCCACGGUUGAAAGAGAUUAAGUUUCUGGGGUCAGUCAAUGAUAGCAGUUAAGCUAGAUUCCUUCAGUGAGCUUGGGAUAAUUCUCUACUUUUGGAGAUAGUGAUGGCAUUUAACCAAGUGAAAUAAUAAUGUAUUGAAAUGCUUUGUAAACUAUUGUUAUUACUUGUGAGAGCUGGCUAAGGGCCAGACUGGACCUACUAGGACUCAUGGGGACUUCCCACAUCGAGUCUUAAAACUGUGACUUGAGGGAAUGGAAAAUGAGGUAGAAAUCCACUCCUUAGAGUUCCUUCAAUACUAAAAAAGAAAUCCUUGAUAUUAUUAGUUUAGGUGCAGAUUACAACCCCAUCAUGCCUUAGGAAACAGUCCUCAUGAAUUGCUAUGGACAAAAAAACAAAAACAUUAUAUGGUGGCCAACUUCUGGUGAAGAGCUUUUCUGCCCUUGAUCCAGACCUCAAACAAUAAGCAGUCUGUGGUCUAUAGAAGAGCCUGCAUUGGAAAUCUUUUCAUUAUGGUAAGGCCUGCCAAAACAUCUAUUGUGAUUGUACAGUUUUCCAAACCUGAAAGUCUUUUCCACCCAGGAUAUAGUAUCAAAGUAGUACUUUAGGGGAUGGAAACGGUUCCUGCUUAGAUUUAUAGGAGGAUGUUUGUAGACAAAAACCUCUUUCUCCCAGCUUUCUUUAACCCAAGUUCAAGUAAAUGGAAGCACAUAGUACCUGACUUCCCAGAGAUGGAGGAGAAGAGAGGUAUAGAGGAUUCAAUGGAGUUUGUACUGACUUGUGGAUUAGUAACAGAAAAGGAGAGAGGGAAAAGAAGAAUCUGUCUAGCACUCAGAAGUACUAAAUUCACCUCUCCCCCUAAAACAACUUACGUCUGUUUCCAAUAGGAAGCUGAAAAUGCCUAAGGUGUCAGGUUGCCUUGCUUAUGUGGAGGCUGGAGAGAAACUAGUGCCUAAAACAUGACCUUUGGGAAAGGCUUCCCUUGCUAUUUCUUCUCAUCACUCUUCCAGGGUCCUUUGCCACUUGCCUUCUCCUAAUUUUUACUUCCCCGUCCCCCAGUACUCAAGUAUAGAAGGUGUGGAAGGGAGUGGAGAAUCCAACCUCCCCAAACCAACACCUCAAAAUGAAAACUCUUACAAGUUGGAUGGAGCUGUACUUCCUCAUUCUCUCCUCUGCUUUAGUUCAAAGCAAUGUCCAGUUUACUGAUUCCAAGGAUAGAUGUCAGAAGGAGGGGCAAAUCUGCACAAACUCACCUUUGUCUCUGGGGCAUUUAAAAAGAAAGGAUAGUGAGCCAUUCCUGCAGUACAGGGGGAAAAAAAAGCACCAGGCUCCUACAAGUCAGGAUGGAAUAAUAUAGUUAUUGUCUCUCAUCAGAGUCCCUAUUGUGUUACUAUAUGUAAUGUCAUCCUUUGUACAUAAAAAAAAACCUUAUCAAGAAUUUAUAAUAAGCCAGCCAUGAAAUUGACUUGAUUAAUCCUAUCAAGCAGAGCUUAGUGAAAAAGGAUGAAGCUUGAAGUAGUCUGAAAUAUUAAGGCUCCCAUUCCAUUGUAAAUAAUGUUAUCCUAAAGUAGUUCUAGCACAUUAGUCAGUGGUGAUAGAGUUUGGUCGGUGUUUUUUCUUUUCUUUUUUUUUUAAACAUCUCUUUAAAAUAUCCAAGAGCUACCUAGAGCUUGAUCUAGGACAAGGUGAAACAUCACCUAUAAUAUUGCUUUACCUCCCCUUUUCUGUUCUGAUGUUUGGAAAACCACUGGGUCCAACAUAUAGAGGAUGUGGGCAAAGGUAUCUGGGCUACAAUGUAACUGAUCUAAACAGUUUAGAAAUGUGUACCGAGAUCCUGCUUGAGCCUGUCAGCCCCAAAGUUCCCCUGGGCAAAAUGCCUUACAAGAGAACUGGGACUAAUGCUGGAAGGUGAGGUCCUUUGCCCCACUGUAUAACAUUCCCUAUCACUCUCUCGGGACAGCUAGGUGGCACAAUGUAUAGAGUGCUUGGCCUGGACUCAUCUUCCUGAGUUCGAAUCCCAUCUCAGACACUUACAAAACUGUGUGACACUGGGCAAGUCACUUAAAUUUCACGUCACUCAGUGUCUUCAUCUAUAAAAAGAGCUGGAGAAGGAAAUGGCAAAUGACUCCAGUAUCUUUGCCAAGAAAACCCCAAAUGGAGUCAUGAAGAGUCAGGCAUGACUGAAAAACAGCUACACAUCAUUUUCUCCCCCUCCAGGUGCUUUGUGCCCUCUGUUUUGCCAAAACCUUCCCUUAAUAAAAGGUCAAAAUUUGCUACUCAUUCUAGCAGCCAAAUACCUACUCAGCCAAUGUACCGUAAGGCUGACUCUGGUCCCAAACCACCUGCUUCCUCUUCCCAGAUUCUCAUGAAUAGGGGUGGUGGAUAAAAUGCUCUUUGGAAAGGAGAUCUGUGAAUACUGUAUAGCAUAAUUAUUAGGCACCUUGCCAUGCAACCCAUGGAGUUUCUUGUAGAGACACUCUAACCAUGCUGCCUCACAUGCAGAGUGAUGAAUCGGCCAUUUCUUUGACAGUAACCCAGGAAGCCUAACAUGCAACAACGGGAAUGUGUGUGGUUUUUUUCCUCCAGCACCAGCAUCAAAAUGAAAUUUUUGACUGUAUCUCAUUAUUCUGACUCUAGGGGAAAUAACUUAGUGAGGCAGAGCUAGAGGCAUGUUAACCCUACACAAAAAGGAUGGUAUUAGACCCCCACACAGGAGAUGCUCAGGAGAUGCUCCCGGCCCACCCCACCAUCCACAGAAAAUUGAGCCUUUGGCUUUAGAAUGAAAUCAGAAUUCCUAGUCUUCCCUGAAAAGGAAGGUCAAUGAUAUAGGGGCUUCAACUGGUUAGAAAGGUACAUUCUCAAACUUGGUUAGAAGACAAAUAGCAAAUAAAAUGACUAUAUUGUUACUGGGGUAUUCUCAGGAUUUCUCUUUUCUUUUCUAAAAGUAGCCAGUUUUGUUUUUUUUGUUUUGGUUUGUUUUUUGUUUUUUGGAGUGAUAAUAUCUCUUAAGGAUUCCUUUUGGGGCAAAAAAAAAAAUCAAAGCAGCUUAAGCUGGAAAGGAACUGAAAAAAGACAUGACAUGGUAGUAUUUAUUGUCCAAGGUACCAGGUCCUGACUACAGUCUUUCAAAGUUGAAACUUUUUACUCUGGCUCUGUUACUGACUCACUGUGUGGUCCCAGUCAAAUGAUUUAAUCUCUCUGUGCCUCAGUCUCCUCAUAAGUAAAAUGGGACAAUUACUAUUAUCACGGUUACCUACCUCUACUGGCUGUUGUGAGAAUGGUCAGUCAAUUAAUGGGUAUUAAGUGCCCACUAUGUGCCAGGCAUUUCACUAAGCACUGGGGAUACAAAGGAAAGUAAAAGGUAGUCCCUCCUCUCAAGAAAUUCAGUCUAAUGGGGGAGAAUGCGUGUAAACAAGUAUGUAAAACAAAGCUAUGUAUAGAAUAAAUUGGAAAUAAUCAGCAGGGGGAGAGUGGCAGAAUUAAGAGAAAUUGGAGGGGCAGCUAGGUGGUGCAGUGGAUAAAGCACCAGCUUUGGAUUCAGGAGGACUUGAAUUCAAAUGCGGA